AUUGUACAAAAAGCUUUUGGUUGGCAGGUCAUUGACAGGGAGGGGGUAAGAUUAGGUGAUUUCUCCCCCAUCUGUCCUAGCAUUGGUGGAUAGAAUUACUUAAUACGUGAUACAUGUUGCUGGUAGAAGGUGGAACGUACCCCUUGAAAUUAGUCAAGAAAAAUACAAGCUCAAAAUCUUGUUAAGCCAAAGGAUAUAAUGGCAACUAGGGCAAAGGACACUGCUCCACUAGGAAAGGAGAAGAGAGGGGUAUCUCCACAUCCCGUUCCUCAUCAUCUGAGAAAUCCCAAUUCAUCAACUACAAACUCUCCGGUGCGGAAACGAGCAGAUUCAACCACAUCAAACAAGAAUAUUCCCAACUAUCUCAAGCCUACAAUGUCUUCAUCAGGUGACUCCAACAUUCACAAUAAACCUACUCUAACUCGAAGAAGAUCAUUCGAUAAGCCUCCUCUUGCUACUUUGCAAAAAAACGCUAAUCCUAAAGAGAGAAUUCUUCGGUCAUCCUCAUCGUUUUCAGGCAAAAGUUCAACUUCCCAGAAACCCCCUUCAGAUAGAUUAUCCAGAGCAUCUCAUAUGUCUAAGGAUGCCACUGGUAAACAACGUGGCACUGGCAUGUCUUCUAGACCAGGGACCACAAAGAAGAGCACAAGCACCAGCACAAUCUCCAAGAAACAGGAGGCCGGCAGGACUAGUCAUAAUGACAUGCACAAAACAAGAAAUGAUCAAGAUGGUCAUAAUAGUUCAACACCAAAAGCAUCAAUAACUAAUUCUUCUCAUGCAGUGGAGGAUGUUAUUCCUCAGGCUGAAACUGAUGAAGACGACAUAUACAAGUCGAGCAAUGAUCACAAUGACUUAACACCUAAAGCAUCAGUAAUAACUGAUACUCUCCAUGCAACUGGGGAUGUUAUUCCUCAGGAUGAACUAUCAGAGCAAGAAGAUAAUCAAGAAUUGCCAGUGACUGAUACAGAAAGUGAUGUGAUCAUUAACAACAGUGAAGCUGCUGCUUCUGAUGCGGGAGAAAACAAUUCAGUCAUUGAAGAUCAAGAAGAGCAUAAUGGAAAUGUAAUCAAUGCUGAAAUAGUUGUGGAGAGCCAAGAAACCACUAAGAUGGAAGAAUCAGAAGAGGAGCAACUUGUUGAAGAAACCAGCACCAACAACCCUAAAGAACCAGAAGAAAUUGCCAAUGAACAUCAUCUUGAAGAGAACACCGCAAAAGUAGUGGAUGAGACUCAAGAAGAGAAAAAAGAAGAUGAAGGAAGAAACCAAGGAAAGGAAACUGUCAUGGCAGAGGAACGUGAAGAAGUGCAAAAGACUAAUACUAUUGUGGCAUCAUCAAAACCUCAACGUCAAGUGGUGCAAGGGAAGAAGGAAUCUGUAGUCUCCAAUGAUGUGAUUGAAGAGACUGCAAGUAAGCUUAGAGAGCAAAGGAAGAACAGAGUGAAAGCACUGGCUGGUGCCUUUGAAACUGUCAUCUCCUUGCAGGAGCCCAAGUGA